AUGACGGCUGCCUCGCGCGCCCCGCUACUCGUUUUAGCGUUGCUUACCGCACUAUAUACAGGAUGGUGUUCGGAAGACGAGGAGAGGUUAGUCCGGGAUCUAUUCCGUGGCUACAACAAACUGAUCCGACCAGUCCAGAACAUGACACAAAAAGUAGACGUUCGGUUUGGCCUUGCCUUUGUUCAACUCAUCAAUGUUAACGAGAAAAACCAGAUCAUGAAAUCGAAUGUAUGGCUUAGACUUGUGUGGAUGGACUACCAAUUAAUGUGGGAUGAGGCUGACUACGGUGGUAUCGGAGUACUGCGGCUGCCACCUGACAAAGUUUGGAAACCGGAUAUUGUGCUGUUUAACAAUGCCGACGGUAACUACGAAGUGCGCUACAAAUCUAACGUCUUGAUUUAUCCUAAUGGCGAGGUUCUAUGGGUGCCUCCUGCCAUCUAUCAGAGUUCAUGUACCAUUGACGUUACAUACUUCCCGUUCGACCAACAAACUUGUAUUAUGAAAUUUGGUUCUUGGACGUUCAAUGGCGAUCAAGUAUCUUUAGCACUGUAUAAUAAUAAAAACUUCGUUGAUUUGUCUGAUUACUGGAAAUCAGGGACAUGGGACAUAAUAGAAGUGCCCGCCUACUUAAAUAUUUACGAAGGCAACAGUCCGACAGAGACCGACAUUACCUUUUACAUAAUAAUAAGAAGGAAGACGCUUUUUUAUACAGUCAACUUGAUAUUGCCAACGGUAUUAAUUUCAUUCCUUUGUGUGCUGGUAUUUUAUUUGCCCGCUGAAGCUGGAGAGAAGGUUACAUUGGGUAUAAGCAUUCUGCUGUCGCUUGUGGUGUUCCUACUUCUGGUGUCAAAAAUUUUACCACCGACGUCUUUGGUGUUACCGCUUAUUGCGAAGUACUUACUGUUCACAUUCAUCAUGAAUACUGUCAGUAUUUUAGUCACAGUGAUUAUUAUUAAUUGGAAUUUCCGAGGGCCGAGGACGCACAGAAUGCCGCUUUGGAUUCGGAGCGUUUUUCUUAACUAUUUACCAACGUUGUUAAUAAUGCGUCGUCCUCGUAAGACUCGUCUUCGGUGGAUGAUGGAAAUGCCAGGAAUGGGUGCACCGCCCCAUGCUGCUGCUACUCAUGACUUGCCUAAACACAUUAGUGCUAUUGGGGCUAAACAAAGCAAAAUGGAAGCUAUGGAACUCUCCGAUUUGCAUCAUCCCAAUUGCAAGAUCAGUCGAGCAGCUGGUGGAGGAGAAGUCGGUGCUUUGGGAGGCUUAGGAGCACUUGGUGGCCUCGGACUAGGAGAAAGAAGAGAAUCCGAAAGCUCUGAUUCGCUACUCUUGUCUCCCGAAGCCGCAAAAGCCACUGAAGCAGUGGAAUUCAUUGCAGAACAUCUACGCAAUGAAGAUCUUUAUAUUCAGACCCGCGAAGAUUGGAAGUAUGUCGCAAUGGUGAUUGAUAGGCUUCAACUCUACAUAUUUUUCUUAGUUACCACAGCUGGUACUGUCGGUAUUCUAAUGGAUGCGCCACAUAUCUUCGAGUACGUCGAUCAAGACCGCAUUAUUGAAAUCUACAGAGGAAAGUAA